AUGGAUCAGGAGGAACAAGAUAAAGCUUUGCCCAUUGCAAAUGUGGGUAGAAUCAUGAAGCAAAAUCUUCCUCCAAGUGCAAAGAUCUCCAAGGAAGGAAAACAACUAAUGCAAGAGUGUGUUACAGAGUUCAUAAGUUUUGUGACUGGUGAGGCAUCUGACAAGUGUCACAAGGAGAAUCGCAAGACCGUUAAUGGGGAUGACAUCUGUUGGGCUCUAAGUUCCUUAGGGUUUGACAACUAUGCUGAGGCCAUAGCAAGGUACUUGCAUAAAUACAGGCAAGCAGAAAGGGAGAAAAUCCAAAACAACAACAAAAAAUAUGAAGGAUCAGCAACAAAAUCUCUCAACCAAACUCAACUCAUCCUUGCUCCACCACCACCACCAUCACUCUCUAGGGUUACUCAUGACAAGCUUCAAAACCCUCCCACCACAGAUCAAUCGUAG